GAACCACCCCACCCUUCACACAUGGAAGGAGGGAGGUUUCCUGCGGCGGCGGGGCCUUUCAGCCCGCACAAAGGGCCCUUGUCUCGCCGCGGGAGAGCAAGGGUUUUCCAGCCGUGGGUGCGUGCUGCGCCGUGGGAGCGGGCGCGGCGCUGAUGUGGCACCGGGCUGGGUGGCAGUGACCCGGAGCACCCUUGGGAUGAGCCGCUGCUUCCUCCUCUGCACCGGGGACUCCCGGGGGGUGCGGGGCCCAGGCGUGACGUGGCAGCUUCCGAGGUCAGCCUGCUCAGCCAUGAACGCCUCCGCUCCCAGCAGCCAGCUGAGGCAGCCUGAGCCCCAGGACGUGGCCGCCUUCACCCCCAUCACCAUCGUCAGGAGCGUGACGAAGAAGUCUGAUGCCCUGCCCAUGAUCUCGGUGAUCGUCCUCAUCUUCGUGCUCUUGGCCGUCUUCAUCAUCGUCGUGGUGCACUACGGCCCGCACCUCCGCACCGUGCAGAUCACCCUGUACCACGAGCCCAUGCCGCAGGACAUGGACAACGGCGUGCACCUCACGGACUGGAGGAAGCUGGGCUCCCAGAAGAAGCUGCCUGCCCAGCCCUGCCCGUGGGACCUGGCCGGUGUGAGCUGCCAGUGCUCCUGCAAGCACCACCUCCCCUGCGGGAGCGCAGAGCCCAAUGUCAUCGAGAUCACGUACCUGUGAUGUGCCAUCUGGGGAGGGCUGGGGGGCCCGUGUCCCACGGGAUGAGCAGUGACUGGGAUGUUGGCUUAGCCCAAGACUCACCGGUUCCUGCUCCCCAGGACUGUGUCUCUCCCCCAGCAGGCUCAGUGGGGGGGGGUUGAUGUCACUGUGCUGACUCAUCAUCAGCCCCCACAAGUCCAGCCUUGGGGUGCUGCUGUCCCCAGCCCAGGCUCCGGGGCUGGCUCAGCCUACUUGGGACAGCAUUAGCAUCUCUUCUGGUUUUCCUCGCCCUGGUUUUACCUGUCCCACGCUGUCUGGGAGUGGCCGGGAGAGCUCUUGGUCCUUGUCCAGCUGGGGAGCUCUGGGCCUGUGCUCAUCCCCUUGGCAGGAGCUGGAAGUUGCAUCACCUUGGAAUUGUUUUCCAGCUUAAAGGUGUUUCCACAUGCACAGUGUCCUCAUUAUGCUGUUUCUACAGCAUAGGAAGGCCUCCAGCCCCUCUUUUCCUCCCUGCCACAGCCCCUCUCCCUCUGUUGGAGGGGUGAAACACUGUCCUCCCUCCUGCAAACAGCCAGAAGAGAGGAGGCAGCUCCUGAACCCAUGAUGGUGUUUCCACAGAGGAGCCAGCAGCAGAGGACAAUGUGUCUGGUCCCCCUGUGGAAGCAGGUGAGAGAAGAAGAGACAUAGGAUAAGCAAGAGAGGUGGUGAUGGCACAUUGGGCACCCCUUGCAGCUGGCUGAACAUCUGGAGGCGUUGGCACUGGUAGAGGAAGGUGCAUCUCUGGGCAGAGCCUGCAGCAUCUGUGCUCAAUGGCAGCGAUGGGGAGACCUGAGCUCAUCUUCACUGUGGUCACCUUCAUUGUCCCCUUCUCUGUGUGCUGUCCCUGUGCCAAGAGAAGCAGGGACCUGGCGACUGGAUCCAGUGUUGGAAGCAGCAGGGCACAUCCCAUCUGAGGAGGGAGCGAUGGCGGGGCUGGCCUGGCCAGAAAAGGCAGACCCACGUUGUCCUAAGCUGCAUCCCUGGCACAGAUCCCUCUGUGUGCUGCUGGAUGAGAAAUGAGGUCAUUUACCUGUUCCUCUGAACACUGGAGGUAUUUCUGACACAGCAGCUGCUCCAGCCUCCUUCCUCUCACUUGUUUUAAAGCCAAGUAGUAGUUGGGCUUGUUGGGAAAUUCUGGUCGCUACAAUAAACUUAAUAUAUUUUAAUUCUGA